CAAAUUUAGGCAAAACAAAAGUCACCGUCUAUAACAUUAGAAUGCCCAAAUUACCUUGAAAAAUUAAUAACAGAUAUUUAUGGAAUCUAGCAAAGAUAGAACAUCAAAAAGAAACUUGUGGUGACCAAGAAAAACCAAAAGAGAGAAUUUUGCGGAGCCUCUCAAAUGCCCUUACACAUGUCUGGUUGUUUCUUUCAAUAAAAUUUAUCCCCAUUGUUCCACUUUUCUAAUGCAUUUCCCAUUAAGGAGCCUUGGGUCGCUCCAUGGUAUGACGGGCAUGAAAGCACUAGCAACCAUGCAGACCUCGGGCUGCUUCCUGGCUUUUCUCCUUUGUUCUCUGAUCUUAUCAUCAUUCUCUUAUGCUCUGUCCGAUUCUGAAGUUGCAUUCAUUACUCGACGCCAACUCUUAGCUCUUCCUAAAAAUGGUGAUUUGACUGAUGAUUAUGAAAAUAGAGUGAAGCUUAAUCUCACGUUUGAGAAUCCCAGGCUUAGGCGUGCAUACAUUGCACUCCAAGCGUGGAAACAUGCCCUGUAUUCAGACCCCCUAAAAACCACUCAGAACUGGGAAGGCCCGAAUGUUUGCGAUUACAAUGGAGUUUUCUGCGCACCGGCGCUUGACGAUCCAAAGUUGAAGGUUGUUGCUGGCAUUGAUCUUAACCAUGCUGACAUUGCCGGAUAUUUGCCUGUUAAGUUGGGUCUAUUGACUGAUAUUGCUCUAUUUCACAUAAACACUAACAGAUUUUGUGGGAUCAUUCCUAAGAGUUUCUCAAAGCUUAGGCUUCUCCAUGAAUUGGAUGUUAGUAAUAACCGUUUUGUUGGCCCUUUCCCAGAUGUUGUAAUAUCAUUACCCUCGCUAAAGUUCCUUGAUUUAAGGUACAAUAAUUUUGAAGGAGAAUUGCCAUCCGAGCUCUUUGAAAUGAAGUUGGAUGCAUUGUUCUUGAACAACAAUCGGUUUGUAUCUAGCAUUCCCGAAACUUUGGGGUCUUCUCCAGCAUCUGUCGUUGUGGUUGCCAACAACAAGCUCUCAGGUUGUAUUCCAAACAGCAUUGGCAAGAUGUGCAACACCUUGAACGAGAUAAUCUUCCAGAACAACAACCUCGCUGGAUGCUUGCCAUCUGAGAUUGGAAUGCUUGGGAAUGUAACAGUUUUGGACGUUGGCUCCAACUCUUUCAGCGGAGUGUUGGCAAAGACAUUUAAAGGGCUUGCAAAAGUUGAACAAUUUGACGUUGCUCAUAACAUGCUGACUGGUUUUGUUUCGGACGACAUUUGCCGCAUGCCAAGUUUGAACAACUUUACAUUUUCAUACAACUAUUUCAAUGGAGAGGCUAAAUCAUGCGAGCCAUCAAAGGGAAGGGACAUUGUGUUGGACGAUACUAGCAAUUGCUUGCCAGAUAGGCCUAAGCAGAAGUCAGCAAAAGAAUGUCAUCUAGUGGUAAGCCGACCAGUUGAUUGCAGUAAGUCAAAAUGUGGUGGGGGCGGAACAUCACCACAUCAUUCAGGUUCUCCGACUAAGAAGCCUUUGCCACCAUCACCAAAACCAGAACCCCCAAAAGAACAACAGCCUGAACCAAAACCAUCUCCAAAGCUUCAGCCGCCUAAAACAGAAGCAACGCCAAAACCAAAGCCCCCAAAAGAACAACCGCCUGAACCAAAACUAUCUCCAAAGCCACAGCCACCUAAAACAGAACCAACACAAAAACCAGAGCCCCCAAAAGAACAACCGUCUGAACCUCCAAAGCUGCAACCGCCCAAAACAGAAUCAACACCAAAGCUACAAACACCAGAAGAACAAAAUCCAAAGCCAAUACCAUCUCCAGAGCCAACACCACCAAAAGCAGAACAAACACCAAAAUUACAACCACCAGAAGAACAACUUCCAAAGCCAAUAUCGUCUCCAGAGCCAAAAUCACCAAAACCAGAACCAACACCAAAAUUACAACCACCAAAAGACCAAUCUCCUGAACCAAAACCAACCGCAGAGCCAUUUCCAAAACUAAGUCCAACCCCUCUUCCUAACCCUCAAAAAAUAGCAGCGCCACCACAAGUACCAAUAAAUGAUCCUUAUGGCGGAACACCUACUGAAAGACAGCAGUCUCCACCGCAACAAUCAGCGCCACCAGUUGUUCAGUCUCCAAAACCACCAAAGCCUCUGGCCCCGGCACCAACAUCAAAAAAUCCCCAUGAAAAAUCACCUUUUACAAGGCAUCUCUCUCCACCUCCUCCUGUACAAUCUCCACCACUUCCCAUCCACUCCCCACCGCCCCCAGUCUAUUCUCCACCUCCACCACGACCGGUAAGUUCUCCACCACCUCCUGUUUACUCACCACCACCACCAGUUCAUUCACCACCUCCACCAGUGCAUUCUCCGCCACCACCACCAAUGCAUUCUCCUCCACCACCAAUCCGUUCAUCACCGCCACCAAUCCACUCUACACCACCAUCGGUUUUCCCACCUCCCCCACCAGCAAUCCAGUCCUCAACUCCACCUUCCCCAUCUCCUUCUCCUGCUCCUACUCCCGUUUUCUUUAAACCACCGCCAAACCAAGAAAUCAUUCUGCCACCAAAUCUCGGCUUCCAGUACUCAUCACCGCCUCCACCAAUAUUCCCAGGAUACUAA